AUGUCAAAAAUCACACUGAUCGCGCAGCUUUUUAAAAUCGGCUGGCUACCCACUCCUCUCUUCACCCCCGGCCCCCCUCCCUCGCGAGACACGUUUAUUCAAGCCGAUGGAGGCGCAAAGCCCCCCCUCCCCUCUCGUUGCAACUUGAGCGUUCCCGUUGCGCCGAGGGAUGUGAGGGGAGCCAAUGUCUUUUUUAUGACCAUGCGGGUGGUUUUAGAAGAAUGUUUUGCGAAUGAGCACGGACGAAUUAGGUGGGCUGCAUGA